UGAUUUUCUCAUUUUUAUUCACAAAAAUGACUCUGCAAAUCACACAAUUCCCAUUAUUAUUCCUUGCUUUUCUCUCUUUAUUCUCACGUUACAAUGCUUUCAAGGAUGACCUAAAUCAUUAUUUUGAAGAAGAUAUUGGUUUUGGCUAUGAUCCACGAGCUUACUCUUCGUAUUACAGCCAGCUUGACGACUCGGUGAUGCUGUCGAGCUUCCAACGAUACCGAAUGAGUUUGGCCGGAAGUACUGUCGUUAACGUUGAUGAUUUCGGAGCAACCGGUGAUAAAGCUGGCGAUACCGAGGCUUUCGAGAAAGCUUGGAUGAAAGCUUGCUCGUCGAGAGGUGCAGUUGUUCUUCGAGUGCCUGCGGGAAAGAACUAUUUUCUUAAGCCUGUUAGGUUUUUGGGUCCAUGCAAGUCUAAUCUUACUGUAGAGUUUUCCGGGAACAUAGCGGCAUCAGAUGAUCGAUCGGAUUGUAAGGAAGAUAACAGACACUGGCUUACGUUUGACAGUGUUGAUAAUUUGUUGGUCGAAGGUGGCGGCGGGAAGAUUAACGGCAAUGGGAAGAUCUGGUGGCAGAAUUCAUGCAAAAUUAAUAAAAAUCUCCCAUGCAAGGAUGCUCCCACAGCUCUCACCUUCUACAAUAGCAAAAAAUUGAUAGUUCGGAACUUGAACAUUCAAGAUGCUCAACAAAUUCACGUUUCUUUCGAAGCAUGCACCAAUGUUCGAGCUUCCGGUUUCAAGAUAAUGGCACCGGAAAAAAGUCCGAACACCGACGGGAUUCACAUCACGAAUACGCAAAAUAUCCAAGUCACAAGCUCCAUAAUAGGAACCGGCGAUGAUUGUAUUUCCAUCGUAAGCGGAUCCCAAAAUGUGCAAGCUAGUGACAUAACCUGCGGUCCGGGCCAUGGAAUUAGUAUUGGAAGCUUAGGAUCCAAGAAUUCAAAGGCCUUUGUGUCUGGUGUGACUAUUGAUGGAGCUAAACUUUCAGGGACAACAAAUGGAGUUAGGAUCAAGACAUGGCAGGGAGGCUCAGGAACUGCAAGUAACAUUAAAUUCCAAAACAUUGAAAUGAACAACGUGAAGAACCCAAUCAUCAUAGACCAAAACUACUGUGAUCAAAGCAAACCAUGCAAAGAACAGAGCUCAGCUGUUCAGAUUAAGAAUGUGGUGUACAACAACAUCAAAGGGACAAGCUCUUCUGAAGUUGCGAUAAAUUUCGAUUGCAGCAAAAGCCAUCCUUGCCAAGCGAUUGUGUUGCAAAAUGUGAACCUGCAGGACCAAGAACAUGGACCAGCCAAAGCUAUCUGCAGCAAUGUCAAAUUGAGUCAAGGGGACACUGUUCCAAAAUGCCCUUAAAGCUUUUAUAUACAUAUACGUACACAGAUACAGAUACAGAUACAAAUACAUAUACAAAAGAGUGUGUCUCAUUACAAUGACUAGGCUGACUCUGUAAAUAUAUCAAAUGUUAAAGAAUAAUAUGAAAAAAUCAAUUUAUUGUUUAUUUGGAAAAUAUUCAAUAACAUUGCUGUA